AUGGUUUUAGAUUUCUCUUCUGCUACUGCUCACCUCAAACAAUACGCUUUCAAGGACGGCUUGGAUAUCAAAAGUUUGGUCGACUCGAAAAAUUUCGGUGGUUUGACUUAUAACGAUUUUUUGGUGUUGCCUGGAUUAAUUCAAUUUGCGUCUUCUAAUGUUUCUUUGGAAGCCAAGCUCACCAAGAAGAUCACGUUGAAAUCGCCAUUCAUUUCAGCUCCGAUGGACACCGUCACAGAGGAAAAUAUGGCCAUUCACAUGGCUUUAUUGGGAGGUAUUGGAAUUAUUCAUCACAACUGUUCUCCUGAUGAACAAGCUGAAAUGGUUAGAAGGGUGAAAAAGUACGAGAACGGGUUCAUCAGUGACCCAGUUGUGAUUUCUCCCGAGGUUUCUGUGCGUGAAGUGAAACAAAUGAAGGCAACCAUGGGUUUCACUUCAUUUCCUGUAACUGAUACUGGUAAAGUUGGCGGAAAAUUGGUGGGUAUUGUUACCCUGCGUGAUGUUCAGUUCCAGGAUAACCUUGACAUUUCAGUUUCGGAAGUGAUGACUUCUGACUUGAUUACAGGCAAGAAGGGCAUCACAUUGAGCGAGGGUAAUCAGUUGUUGAGAAGCUCCAAGAAGGGAAAAUUACCUAUUGUCGACGGCAAAGGUAAUUUGGUUUCAAUGAUCUCUUUGACAGAUUUGCAAAAAAACCAAACUUAUCCUCUUGCGUCCAAGUCGUUUGACUCCAAGCAGUUGUUGUGUGGUGCGUCAAUUGGAACUAUGGAUGCCGACAGGGGAAGAUUGGAGAAAUUGGUGGAUGCUGGUUUGGAUGUGGUUGUCAUUGACUCAUCCAAUGGAUCGUCAGUUUUCCAAAUCAAUAUGCUCAAGUGGAUCAAAUCAAAGUAUCCAGACUUGCAGGUGAUCGCUGGUAACGUUGUGACGAGAGACCAAGCUGCUUUGUUGAUUGAAGCUGGGGCCGAUGCUUUGAAAAUUGGAAUGGGUUCCGGAUCGAUUUGCAUCACCCAAGAAGUGAUGGCUUGUGGUAGACCUCAGGGAACUGCUGUCUACAACGUUAGCGAGUUUGCUAACCAAUUUGGUAUUCCUUGUAUUGCCGAUGGAGGAAUUGGUAACAUUGGGCACAUCACCAAAGCAUUGGCUCUAGGUGCUUCGUGUGUCAUGAUGGGAGGUUUAUUGGCUGGUACUGCCGAAACACCUGGUCUGUACUUUUACAGAGACGGCCAACGGUUGAAAUCGUACCGAGGAAUGGGCUCAAUUGAUGCUAUGCAACAAACUGGAACUUCAGCCAAUGCUUCCAGUUCUCGAUACUUUUCGGAGUCCGACAAGGUUUUUGUGGCUCAGGGAGUUGCUGGUGCUGUUGUGGACAAGGGAUCAAUCACCACGUUCAUUCCGUACUUGUACAAUGGCUUGCAACAUUCUUUACAAGACAUUGGUAUUCAGUCGAUUGAGGACUUGAGAACAAAGGUUGAUUCUGGCGAGGUCAGAUUUGAGUUCAGAACCACCUCAGCUCAAUUGGAGGGGGGAGUCCAUGGAUUGCACUCGUACGAAAAGAGAUUGCACAAUUAA